AUGUCGUUAUUAUUCUCAGAUUUCAUAAGCGCAUACACCAAAUUGACAGACAUUGGAUACAAUUUAUUUGCAAACUAUACAGAUGCACAAAAUGUCAAGGUUAUGGAUUAUUUGAGACCAAUAUUGAUUCCAAGAUCAUCAGGUACAGCAAAUAAUAAAAAAGUCCGAGAGUACAUAAUCGCCCAUUAUCAGAAUCUUGGCUGGCACGUAGAAGAAGACAAAUUUAAUGAUAUUACACCAAUAGGAGAGAUACAAUUUAAUAAUAUUAUAGCGACCAACAACAUUAACGCAACUAAAAGAUUGGUGAUGGCAGCACAUUAUGAUACUAAAUAUUAUGUAACACCUAAUGAUGAAUACGUUGGUGCAACUGACUCGGCUUUGUCUUGUGCGUUGUUGAUGGAUCUGGCUGAUAGAAUAGAUCCAUACUUAAAGAAAAAUGACACUGCUAAUUCUACAACGCUCCAAAUGAUAUUUUUUGAUGGCGAAGAAUCAUUUAAAACGUGGACUCCGGCUGAUUCAUUAUAUGGUUCAAAGCAUUUAGCAGCAAAAUGGGAAACUGAAACAUUGAAAAAUGCACAACCGUUCAAAUCAAAUUCGUUGUUGGAUGGAAUAGAAACAUUCAUAUUGUUGGAUCUAUUAGGAGCAAAAAACCCAACUUUGGUGAAUUUCUUUCAGACGACAUCUUGGAUGUUUAGAGCAAUGGCUGAUAUAGAAGAGACUUUGCAUGAUUUAAAAAUCUUGAAAAAGCCUGCACAUACACAUACAGUGAAUAACGAUGACGAUGAUAACUUCGAGGAAAGCUCGAUGUUUGAUACCACAUCUUUGACCACUUAUCAAGCCCACAUUCAAGAUGAUCAUGUGCCAUUUCUACAAAGAGGUGUUCCUGUAUUACAUUUAAUUGCUUAUCCGUUUCCUGAAGUUUGGCACACUAUAGACGAUAAUUUUACAGCAAUUGAUCCAAAUACUGUGUACAACUUAAAUUCAGUUUUUAGAAUAUUUUUGGCUGAAUAUUUUGAAAUUGACCCAUCCAAAUACACUGAUAUCGCUGGAAAACCUUAG